UGGAAAAUCAUUUUCUCGAUUAUGAUUACCAAAGAGCCCAGAAAAAUCUUUUAUAUAAAAAAAAGAGCAAUGCGUUGCUCUGGUCGAAGGUUUCUAAUUUGGUUGAGCCUAAUGCUUCUACUUAUCUUGGUUGGUCGUUUCCUGGUCAAUCACGGAUUUUAUUUAUCGAUUCUAAUAAUCGGUAACACCGACGUUUUAAUACCAAAGAGUCAUUUAAGCUCUCAACAAGAAAUACAGGCUGGAGUACCUACUUUCGCAGCAGGCACAUACAUGGCUGGUCUACAACCUAGGAACAAAAGUUCUUGCAGAUGGUACCAUGGCCUACCGGAUGUUCUUUUGUAUUCCUCUACCAAAAUCAACGGAAGCCCUGAAAUCGGUGAGAAGAGUCCCUACAGAGUCCUACAGUUCAUAUUGCGCGGAACCGAGGAGAGGAACAAGCUGCCCCAGGUGACCCUCUGCACGCACGCCACUGCAGAUCAGGUCUAUGGAAUUGUGGAAUUAGCUAGGAGAUGGGAAGGCCCGUUAAGUCUGGCCAUUUUCACGCCUGGCCUCGACGCUGGUAUCGCCGUUGCUCUCCUCGAUCGGGCCUGUCGAUGCGAACCCGAAAUGUACAAGGUUUCUGUUCAUUUGAUAUUUCCACUAGAUCAUCCACCAACCUUGAGUCAGAUUACUCAAAUUCAAGGUGAUUGUGCUGCAUCUGAUCUUCAAACAAGAGAAGUAGAAACAGAAAGGAAACAAGGACAGAUGACUUAUCCUAUUAAUGUAGCCAGAAAUGUGGCUAGAAUGCAAGCAAACACUACUCAUAUUUUAGUAACAGAUAUUGAAUUAUUACCCAGUGCAAAAUUAGCUUCUGGUUUUAUGGAAAUUGUCCAUGGAAGACCACAAAAAACUAGAAUUGUCUUUGUAGUACCAGUAUUUGAAAUAGAAUCAAAUGAGCAGCCACCUUCAACAAAAAAGGAGUUACUCUUAGCAACAAAAUCUGGAAUGGCUAUAUAUUUUCACAGAUUUCUUUGUUCACAUUGUCAAAGAUUUCCUGGUCUCACUAGAUGGUUGAUUAGAUCUGAUCCAGGUAAGGUCAGACCACUUAUUAUUACAAAAAGAGAAUAUCCACAUCACAGAUGGGAGCCUGUAUUCAUAGGAACCAAAAACGAUCCUUUAUAUUCAGAAGAAAUGUCUUGGGAAGGUAAACAAGACAAAAUGAGUCAGAUGUUCGAGAUGUGUCUUUUAAACUAUAGGCUAGUUAUACUAGAUGGUGCCUUUCUAGUUCAUACACCAGGUAUUAAACGAAAAACAAUAAAAACUGAUGUGGCAAAACAAGAAUUUUUGAAGUCUCAUGAAAAAAGAAAUGCUCGAAUCUAUCAGCAUACAAUUAAACGUUUAUUGAAACAAUAUGCCACUAAUCAUAAAUGUGCACGAUAA